GAACACGGGGCCACAUGCGACCAUGGGAGCACAGGAAAAGUGUUUUUCCUCCCAAACAUUUCUUGCAUUCUGAGACGGAAGAGGAGAGUGGCAGUAGAGUACACCCCUGCGCUAUCCUUCUCCGGUUAUCAAUGGAAGGACUUACAGACAGUAGCCGGGGAACGCGCAGGGGAAUGAUGCGUUUAACGCUGGAUGUGUGCUGCAUUCAGGGAGAUUCGGCAGUAAAAGCGGCUCUAGCAGACACGGCGAGUGCGGAGGGCCUGGGAAGCACCCAGCCCCACUAUCUCCUCCUUUUCCUCCCCCCCUGCAGGACCAUGCUUGCGUGAGGGAUGAGGCUGUGCACAGGGACACCAGGCCAGAGCUGCGGCCUACUUCUCACAAGAGCCGGUCGCUCGACCGCAAGACCCGUGAACACAUUGCCACCAUCAAAUCAGCAUCUUUGGUCAUCAGGUAGAUCCAGGAGCAUGAGCAGGACUUUGAGCUGCGGGAGCAGAUGUCUGGGUAUAAGCGCAUGCGGCGGCAGCACCAGAAGCAGCUGAUCGCCCUGGAGAACAGGCUAAAGGCCGAGAUGGAUGAGCAUAGGCUCCGGCUGCAGAAGGAAUUAGAGACACAAGCGAACAACACUUACAUUGAGCUGGAAAGACUGGCCAAACGGCACGCUGCCCAAACGGACAAAGAGAUGAAGUCAGUUGCGUCAGAGGAGAGGAGGAUCCAGCAACAGAUUGUUGCCCAGCAAAAGAAGGAGCUGACUACUUUUUUAGAGAACCAGAAAAAGGAGUACAGGCACUGCAAAGACAAGAUCAAAGAAGAGAUGAACGAAGACCCUUGCACGGACAAGGAUGAGAAGCAGGAGCGUCUGUCCAGGCACAAAGAAACAAUGCAGCGCUCUCAGGCCGAGGAGGAGGCUCAUCUGCUGGCCCAGCAGAGGCUGGUCUACGACCGGAGCUGCAGGGCCCUCAAACGCCGGAGUCUGGUCAGGAAGCACGACUUUGAGCAGGAACAACUGAGAGAGGAGCUGAACAAGAAGAGGACCCAAAAAGAGAUGGAGCACGCCCUGAUGAUCCGGCAGGACGAGUCCACGCAGGACAUGGAGCGCAGGCAGCUGCAGAUGCUGCAGAAGCUGCGCAUCGAGCUCAUGCGGCUGCAACAUCAGACAGAGCUGGAAAACCAGGAGGAGUACAACGGCCGGCGGCAGAGAGAACUACACCGGAAACACAGUCUGGAGCAGCGGCAGCAGCCCAGAAACCUCAAGAUGCUGGAGAUGCAGAUCAAGAAACAGUUCCAGGAUACUUGUAAGGUGCAGAACAAGCAGUACAAAGCCCUGAGGAACCAUCAGCUGGAGGUCUCCCCGAAAGGCGACCACAAGAUAAUCCUGAAAAGCCUGAAAGAGGAGCAGACGCGCAAACUCGCUAUCCUGGCCGAGCAGUACGAGCAGAGCAUCAAUGAGUUGAUGGCUUCACAAGCGAUGCGUUUAGAAGCAGAGCAGGAAACCGAGUGCCAAGCUCUGAAGCAGCAGCUGAAGCAAGAGAUGGAGCUCCUGGACGCCUACCAGAGAAAAACCAAGUCACAGAUGGAGGCCCAACAUGAGCGAGAGCAGCAGAAACUUGAGCAGAAGGUCUCCAUACGCAGAGCGCACCUUGAGCAGAAGAUUGAAGAGGAGUUGGCCGCACUUCAGAAGGAGCGUACCGAAAAGAUCAAGCACUUGUUCGAACGUCAGGACAGAGAAAUGAACGCCUUUGACACAGAAAGUAGAAGUCUCGGCUUUGGAAGCCUGGGAUCUCUGGACUUCCCCAAAGAAGACAACAGAUGAAAGUGGACUUAUCUUUAGAGGACGACAUAUCCGUGCCCUUUUCAUGUCCACUCGACCUCGGUGACAAAGCUGGAUAACUCUCUCCAUUGCUUUUCUUCUCCCUUAGAUAUCGCAUCUUUGAAUCGAGGCGUCACGUGCAAUGAGAACUUCUUUUGUGAAACUUGAAGGGGGGAAAGUAAAAACAAAAGAAUCAACAACAACAACAACAACAUGUCAAUAAAAAUCCAACCUAGUCAGUGUAACUCAAAAAAACUUACGUGUUAAAAAAAACAAAACAGACUCUUUUUUCCUCCAUGCCAUUUCCUCCUUUUGGUAUGAAAUGAAUAAAUCAGGAAAUUUUAGUAAAAUGGGCACUUUGAUAUGUUUAAGCAGAUACCCAUCAUGUUCAUAUGAUGCUAAAUGUGUGUUACAUGGAGGGACAUUGUGGAAUGUGAGCUGCGGACUCCCCCGUGGUGUUAAGCUGCUUUGUCUUUUUUAAAUUUUUUUUUAUCAGUUUUAUUUCAUUUUGUUAUAUUUAUUUAAAAUUAAUUUUAUGCUCUGAAUGUGAAUAUUACUGUAUGGGGGUCACUGGAUAAAGUCAGAGUUUAUUCAUUUAUUUUCUUUUGCCAUACUUCCAUAUUGUGCUUAUGCAUACAGUAUACUGUGGCCCCUCACGUUUCUAGGCAACAUUUUUUUUUAUUUGAUAUGUAGGAUCAAUUGGCAUUAGCUUGAUCAUAAUCUUAUCACAACUCAAGAUCCCACUUGGUAAAACUGCUUAUUAUUGCAUGCACUUUAAGGACAAAUUCAGGUUGUGAAGUGAAGCAUGAAUCUGUCAGAGAUUUUAGCUGUUUGUAAAUAAAAGUGGUCAUAGCAUUUUUUUUUUUUAAGCCUAUGGAUACUGGACAUAAGCUCCAUAUUUGAUAUGAUCAUUUCACAAAUGCCUUUAUUUAAGUUGUGCCUGAAGCAGAUUUUAGUUUCGUGUUUGUUAUCUAUUUUUUAUUUACUGAGGCCGGCACCAUUUUGUUUUUGGUUUCAUCCAAACUUGUGAAUCAUUUAAUGUUCACUAAUCAGAGUUCUUGUAAAGGAAAAAUGGUGAGAAUUGUGCUGUAUAACUUUUGAUAUCAAUAUUUGUACAUGAGAAUAUAGCUAGAACACAGAGACACUGCUCUAUUACUGAUAACAGAGCUUAACGAUAAAGAUUUUGCUUCAUUUUUUUUUGUUUUAUAACAAAGAUAUGGUCAAAUUAUAGCUCAAUAUAUUGCUAAGUCAAAUGACUAGACUCUCAGAUUGUAUAAAUGCUGGUGAAUGGAACCACAGACUUCUUGUAAUAUCAUUCCGAUGAUCUUUUAUUGAUCAGCGGAUCUAUAAAAACAGACGUGUGGAUCCAGAUUGCGUUCGAGUAAAUAGUGUCUAAUGAUCAGAUUUACAUAUUUUUUGCCAUGUUCAUUAUGGUCAUUGAACAGGUUGCACAAUGUUUCCAUUUAUACUGAAUGGAAAGAUAAUUGUUUGGUGCUUAAUUUCUAAUACCACCUUUAGCCUUGUAGUUUUUUGUCUUGGAGAGACGAUUGAUUUUUACAAAAUGUGAACAUGAAGCAUUUUGAAACCCCCUCUGAGUCAAAACACUACUAAGUUUUUCAGACACUCAUGACAUAUUUAGAGUACCCCAUGCAGUGAAACCCUCUAAAAAUGAAGUCUAUGUAUGAAAAAAUAAAUACUAUUUUAUCACGGGUCAGUUUUUGAAACAUUGUUUAAUGUGGUGGUCUUGAAUGCAGCCCUGUUGUAUUUUGACAGGCAUUUCGUGACCUGUUCCUUUCUUUUCAUUUCAUAGCCACAGCCUGUAUUGAUGUUCAGUCGUAUUCCUCACAGGGCUGAAAGGUGGAAGACGUCCCCCCGAAUUAACAAAGUAUUUUGAACAGAGGAAUAUAUUGACAUUCAAAAUAUAAUUUUCUGAUGGAAGUUGAACUUAAAUGCUCCUUUUACACAUGGAAACCUAAAUUCUGAACUUGUUGUGUUUGACCAGAAUGUGUUCUGAAGUGGAAUGGCUCCUCUAGAUUUUUCAGCCUUUUACAUUUUCAUAAACUUUUUGAAAUUUGAUGAAAAAUGAUCUCGUAUGCAGUAAGGCCUUUUGUCUGGUCGCAUAUAUAACUGAAGCCUUGUGGACAAACAGUUCCAUUGAAAAGUGCUACUGGGGUGCUGGGAUAAGGUUUGCCUGAGGGUCUUCAGAACAGUUAUGAACCUUACAAUUUGUGUGAAUUUUAAGUUACCUGGAAGAUGUAUUUAGUUAGAAUAAAGGGGACUUUCCUGAACAACCUUA